AUGCUUUUCAACAUCUUCACCACCGCUGCCGUUGCUCUCCUCGCCGCCCCGGCUCUAGCCAACCCCAUCGAUACUAUCCCCGCUGGUUUAGAUUCCCACCUCGUGACUCGCGCGUCCGAUGUAACGGCUAGAUUCUGGACCAGCACUACAUGCCGCACCUCGCGAUCCAAAAAAGAAUUCGACAGUGGACAUUGCAUCAAAGACCUGGCUGGCGCAGACCAUGCCGUUAGCAUGGACGCGAGAAAGAAAAGCAGCUGCCAUAUGAUCAGAUAUAGAGAGAAGGGCUGUACGGGAUAUUCUGAGAAGGGUCUCAAUCUCUAUGAUUGCUUCAACAUUGGAGACGAGUGGAAGUCUAUGAAGUUUCAGUGUUAA